AUGCUUUUCGGGUCAAGUUCGUUUCCCCUCGUAGACAGCAAUUUGUACAUUACCGGAAAAGAUCUUCCACUUCGAAUUGGAAGUUUCUUCAACUGCAACGACUCCAGCAGCUCCCGCAGACACUCCUCACGCCUCACUCUCGAGGACAUCUCCGAAAUAGAAAAACUCAAGGCUUUAGACCACACCAAGUUUUCCCUCCGCCCGCCAGUGGCGGAAGAGGACUUCGAGGAAAGAAAAGCAAAGGCGGCGCGCGAGAAGGCCAAAAACGCAACACUUCCGCUGCGGCGUCGGGACGAUCUGCAGGAACUGCGGACGCGGCUGAUGCGGAUCGACAGCGAAAAAGACCGAAAGGACAUUUUCGAAGACAGAGAAAACGAAUUGUUUUCAAAUUCCAUUUUGAAGAAGGCGCAAGAGGCUGAGGACGAAAACAGAGAAGAAGUCCGAGCCAUGACCAACAUCGUCCUCAAAGAGGCAGCAGCAGAGCGGCAGCGGCUGCAGCAGGAGCUGGAGGAGUCGCUAGAGAAUGAAAGACUGCUGCAGAUAAAAGCAGCACAAGAAAGUGAAAAAGAAAAACUUGCAAAAAUGAGAAUGCAGGAAGAAAUGAUUAAGCAGCAAAUUGCAGAAAGAAGGCUGAAGCGGGAGCUGGAGCUUGCGCAGCGGGAGAAAGAAAGAGAAAUGAUUUUGGAGCAAAUGGAAGUUUUGAAACUUCAAGAAGAAAUUGCAAAAAAACAAAAAGCCGAAAACGCCAAACAACUUCGACUUGAAGUCAACGCCAGAAACCAAAUUCUACUUCAAGAAAAAAAAGAAAGAGAGGCUCUGGAGCUGCUGGAAGAAGCCAAGAUUGUGGCUUACCAGCAGGAGAAGAUCCGCAGAGAAAAGGAACUUGAAGAAAAAAAAAAAGAAAUCGAAAAUGCAAAAUUAAAAAGUUAUAAAUUCAUUUGCGAUAAACGAGACCAACAAAUCGACCAACUCGCCAAACUCGACGCUCUGCGCGCCCGAAGGGCGAUGGCGGAGCGGGAGAGGGCGGAGAGGGCGAAGGAAGAAGCAGCAGCAGCAAAGCAGCGGGAGAUGAACGAAGCUCUUGCUGCUGUGCGGCAGCAGCAGCAGCAGCAGAAGCUGCUGCAGCUUGCUGCUGCUGCAGUGAGCGAAAAGCAAGAGUACGAAAGAGUUGCUGCAGCGCAGCAGCAGCUAGCGCUGGCUGAGCUAGCCAAACAGCAAGCAGCAAAACAAAAACGCAUGCAGCACAUGCAAGAAUUGAAAAAACAAAUCCAAGAAAGAUACUUGCAAAUCGAAAAAAUCAAAAAGACCCAGUUGCAAGAAGCAGAAGAACUCCGAAGGGCCGAAGAAGAAAACAAAAGAGCCAUCGAAAGGGCCAGGGCAAGUCCACCAAACCCUAAACCCUAA